AUGGGGCGUCCAGCCCGAAUCCUGCCUGGGGUCUUGUAUCCUUUUCGGCACCAGUUAAAACCACUGUCGAGAUCGUCAAGCGCGAUCUGUGAAACUAGGUUCGUCAAGAGAGUUGGUAGAUCAGACUACGGAGAUUCGGUUGACGUGGUCCAAACCAUGUUGUUGGUAUUCUUCAACUGCUGUUUCUUAUUAUUUUUACAUGUUUUCUUGUGUUUAUGUAGAUCUGAGGAGAAAAUUGACCAUUUCGGUCAACUUAAAUCUGAACUUUUUCUUGAAGACAAUACAUUGAGGAAGAUACUUUAUUUAAUUAUGGAACUUAAAGUAGCAACCCAGAAAAACUUUAUUUUGGAGAGGCUUUUCUGGAAAGUCAGUGACCUUUUCUAUUUUCUAGUGAACAAACUCCAUGAGUACUUGCCAGAGUCUGGGGAUAAGAAUGCACUUCAAAAUAAAAGCCAAAGAGCUGAUGAGCUGGUGGAGUGCAUUGAAAUCAUGCAGACUCUGGGACUGAUGUUCAGAGAAACCGAAACUGAGUCAUCACAUCUGAACACAUUGGCAGCUAAACACAGCAUUCCAGGAUUGCACUUCCCUUCCUUCUUGAAACUAGCUACUUUUGCAGCUGGUAUUGUGAAGCAAGUGAUGAAGGGGCUUUCAGCUUCAUUUCAGCUGUUAAGUCCCAGCCAAGCAGUUCUGUUGUACUAGCAGUUUUACAUCCUCAAGAGUCGCCUGCAGUACAGCGAGACUUUAGCUGAGUAUAUUAGGAGAAAUGACAGAGAAGAAUUCAGGUACUGUAUUCACAUGCCAGCCUUGGGAAAAAGGCUCCCACUGGGUUAUCCUAUUACCCAACCUACCACUCAACUUUUUCAUGAAGUUCUGAAAUUGGUUGAACAGAAACAAUGUGUGAAAUGUUAAAAAUUCAGUAUAAAAUGUUAAUCAAAAGUCAACUUAAUAUUUAUGAGAAACAUUUUUUGGUUUAUUUAGUAUCUGGCUAACCCCAUGUCCUAUAAACAAAGAUUGUAUUUCAAUGUUCCAUCAACCCCUUGCUAAGAGAAGUCUUUAAAGUUUUUUAUCUGUCACAGAAAAUAAACUUUAAUACAUUGCCAUAAAGUGGUGCUAAAAACUAGUGUUUCUCUAACACAUAGUUUCUAAAGAUGUAAGAAACUACAAAGGAAACAGAAGUCUGUGGAGAGCAAAUGGAGCAAGUGCAAACUGAUGAGUUCUGUGGGUGUAAUGAUGGGAGUGGCACGGGGCCACGGAAAUACCCAGAGAUAAAUCGUUGUGGGGAGAACCAGCCACAAAGCGGUCAUUAGAGAAAUGCUGAACGGGAUGACACUCUCGUUCUCCGCCUGUAAACAUUCUAGUGACAGAAGUGUUUGUGAAGAAUGAGCAGAACACAGGCAUGAGGAAUGUCAGUCCCUCAUCCAUCAUGGAGGGAGAAGCUUAGACUUUCUUCAACAAAAUUAAAUGCAUUUGCCACUGUGUUUCAGGGGCCUCUGUGCUAAUGUGAGCAGUCAAGUGGAGUCUCUGUGCAAGAACAAUUGUCUAUAAGCACUCCCAACCACU